AUGUCACAGAACUCUCCAAAGCUGAGAAACUUGGUUGCUUAUGAAGGUUGUAAUGCAUCUGGAUCGCUGGCUCUCACUCGUUACACAGAAUUGAUGAAUGGGAUUAUUGAUACGGCGGAGGAUGCUAAGUUACUCAGAGAGAGAGGGAUUAUUGUGAAUCGUUUGAAGAAUGAUGAAGAGGUGGCCAACUUGUGGAAUGAGAUGAGUAGGUCUAUGAGAUUGACGAAAGUGCCCUUCUUGGAUAAAGUGAUUGAGGAUGUGAACAAGUAUCAUGACAGUAAAUUGAAGGUUAAAGCUGGGAAAUUCAUGAAGGCUUAUGUGUUUUAG